AUGUCGCCGCUAUUUGUAUCGGAGAACAGUCCGAUAGACGGUCCAUCAGAGGCACGGGGCCAUGAAUACAUCAUCCAGCACCCACAAGACGAUGGUCGGAACGGUAUUCCUCCUGGGCCCGGAUCGCAAGGGUCAGCCGUGGCCAUGGAUACUGAUGAACGAGAGGCAAUGUGGACGGACAUUGCUACAGAGUGGACCGCUGAGGAACGAGCGAGUGAGGCGCACAUGGCCGAGACCGCACGUUUGCAGCCGAUAGCGGAAGACAUGGAUCGACGGGCCCGAGUGGCGGAAGAGAAAGCCGCAUCCCACGCGGCCGAGCUGGCGCGGGUGCAAAAGGAAGCGGAUGAAAGAGCCGCUCGAGCUGCCGAACAAGUCCGCGCACAGCGCGACGCCGAACAGGCGGUCCAACAGGUUCACCGGCAGGAAGAAACGGAAUCGAUGGCCCGUCGUGCGAGAGAGGCUGAAGAUCGGGUGGCCGCACAGGCGGCCGAGCUGGAGCGGUUACGGAAAGGGGCCACCGAGAGAGCGGUCCAAGGUGCUGAACAGACCCUCUCGCAGGUGGACCACGAUGGAAGCGCGACAGUUCUCGCUCAGCUGCAGAAUGAAACUCUUGAGGGACUGGCGGAGCCGGCUCCCGAAAAUAUUCCACUGCCUCUCGACGACGACACUACGAUGGCCGAGCCCUCCCGGCCCGUCACUCAGCUUGACGUGUCGAGCUUGAUGGCGAGAUGGUUGAUCAACGACCAACUACAACGGAACACCGAGCGCCGCGGGUCUGCCUCUCGCUUGCGGAUAGAGGAGUCAUCCGGGGCAGAUGAACGCACCUGCUGGGAGACAGAACACAGUGCCACGGUUGAGAACGCCAUGGUCGAGAACACAGGCGUCGAAUCGGAAAAGGUGGCGCAGGAGCGAGCACAGGCUCUCACUCAGCUGCAGAGCUGGGUCGAGGGAAGAGCGGCCGAGCAAAGCACCGACAGCGCGCAACGUGAAUCCAACACUCCCACCGCUGUGCUCUCCCGGCCCGUCACUCACUUCGACCUGCGGGGUGUGAUCGCGGGAUGGCGUCAGCGAGGAAGUCAGCUGGACGCGCCCGGGGACUCUCACGGGAGAACUUCUCCAAGGCACCAACGAUCGAAGGCUGCCGGAAUUAGAAAAUCUCAGAAGAAAGACAAGCCAACGAGGCAAAAUGCUGAUCGAGCGGCCAACCGAGUCGCUGCGAUCGCCAACGAGCUCGAAAGCGGAUCGAACGCCGAGCAGCUCCGGAAUGUGGAUGGGCUGCAGAGUCCAGAGCCACCACCAGUUCGAUUUGACGUGCCCGCCGAGAAUGACGAGCUCGACCGGGGCCCACGGCCCAUAACUCACUUCAAUUUCAGAGAGUUGGAUGUAUUAUCGCUCACUGACCCUGGUGGGAACCGUACCAACAUCGCUGACUGGGAACCUUGGCUGCCCACGGUUCCGCUCCCCACCAUUGGGACUGAGCCCGAACGGGCGUCCAGCGACGGCAAGGUCUCCAUCACGUUCCACGUCUACGAGCGGAACCGGUGGAGGGUCGCCGAUGUCCUGACCGUCCACCCCUCCGAGCCUUCCGUCUUGGAGAGAACGGUCUGGGGCUACAAGCGGCGGAGGAUGGUUGUGUACGACAUGCACAUGCGGGCGGUCAGCGUCUCAUCCAGCUUUCGAGCGGCGACCUCUGACGGAGCCCACGCGCUGCUGUUUAUCCCCAGGGAGACCAAGGCCCAGAUGGACCAGGUUUUUCUGAUCGAGCCGCCGGACACGGCCGCCGGACUGCUGCGCAAGAGGACCAGACGAACAAAAGGCUAA